CCUACAUCUUGGCUUCUUUCCGGACGUACAUGUACAACCAAAAAUCUAUCUCUUUGGGUACGAGGUCAUUGACAGCGUUCCACACUGCUGUCAUUCAACAUUGUUCUAGCGUCUCGCCGACCUGUAUAUAAUUGUGCCUGGCGAAGAACCUUUGUUCCUUUUACGAGACGACCCAUUACACUAGACCGGCGUAGAAUCAUGUCAACCUCGACGGGAUUGAAAAAGGGAGAAUUUAUCGCCAGCCUAGACUGUGGGACGACAUCCACACGCUUUAUAAUCUUUGACGAAUAUGCCAAGAUUGUCGCUGUUCAUCAAACUGAAUUUGAACAGAUCACACCCCAUGCAGGAUGGCAUGAACAGCGUCCGGAGGAUCUUGUGACGGCUACAAAGACCUGUAUCAGGAGAGCGGUAGAGAAACUGGAGGAGAAGGGAUGGGAUAAGAGCAGUAUCAAGGGGAUGGGCAUCACCAAUCAGCGUGAGACGACUGUCUGUUGGUCAAGGACGACCGGCAAAUCAUUAUGCAACUGUAUAGUCUGGGACGACACCCGAACGACCAGUGUCGUCCGAGCCUUCACCCAUAAACUGGAAGAAGAGGGCAUUGAGAUAGAUGAGGAAGUCGAUGUGGACGUCGAAAUCUCGCACGUCGAGCAUGCGGCUGCAGCAGACGGAGACACGAUGGGUAAUGGCGUCCGAGAAGAGGCAUUCGCAGAGCAUGGCGAGAUACAGCACGGAGGAGGUGGAAGAGUCAUGAACAUGAUGGGGAAAGCCAUGCAGAAUCUGGGACUGGGCGGCAGAGGGAAGCCUGUCAUUGCCAAGAGCAGGAGAAAAGGAAUGGAUGGACUGGUGGACAUAACUGGAAUCCCCUUAUCGACCUACUUUUCAGCUGUAAAGCUGCGAUGGAUGCUGGAUCACUAUCUGGAAGUGCGCGAAGCUCACGAGUCAGACGAUCUGAUGUUUGGGACCGUGGACUCGUGGCUGGUCUAUAAUUUAACUGGAGCAGUGGAAGGCGGAAUUCACAUAAUGGAUGUGACAAACGCUUCCAGAUCACUCCUCAUGUCCAUUCAAGAUCUUACUUGGCACCCUCCUCUACUUCGAUUUUUCGAAUUCCGCCCGUCCAUUCUCCCACGUAUCGUCUCAUCAUCCGAGGUCUACGCCAAGAUAUCCUCAGAGGCAGAAACGCCCCUGACAGGCAUUCCAAUAGCCGGUAUCGUGGGAGACCAACAGGCUGCGCUAGUAGGCAACAAGUGUCUCAAGCGCGGAGAGGCGAAAAAUACCUAUGGAACUGGGAGCUUCGUACUCUUCAAUACUGGCGAAAAGGUCGUCAGGAGUCAAAGUGGACUCAUCUCCACCGUGGCAUUUCAGACUGGACCUCACGCGAGGCCGGUCUACGCUUUGGAGGGACCAAUAGCCGUCGCGGGAUCAGCCAUCAAAUGGCUUCGAGACAAUGUUAAUCUCAUCAAUGACGCAUCCGAGAUGGACAAACUUGCAGGAUCGGUGGACCAUACCGGCGGAGUCUACUUCGUGACUGGGUUUAGUGGACUGUUAGCGCCGUAUUGGGACCAGGAGGCGACAGGUGCAUUGAUAGGCCUGACCUCUUACACCACUUCUGCACACAUCGCCAGAGCGACUCUCGAAGCGAUGUGUUUCCAGACGCGCGCCGUUUUGGAUGUGAUCGAGAAGGAGAGUCGGCAGAAACUAGACACGCUUAAGGUUGAUGGAGGAGUGACGAAUUCAGAUCUGGCGAUGCAGAUCCAAGCGGACAUUGGCAAUUUCAAAGUCUCUCGACCCGCCAUGCGAGAAUCUACAGCUCUUGGUUCAGCGCUUCUCGCUGCUCACGCGUUAGGACUGUUCGGAUGGGAUCUCAAUCGCCCAGAGACCCUCUCCAAAGUCAACACGGCAGGAGUGGAUGUCUUUGAACCUCGACUUACGGAUCAAGAGCGGACCAGGAUGUACUAUGGCUGGGACAAAGCUGUGGAGAGGGUGAGGAGCUGGUACACUAUACAGGAGGAAGAUGAGGCGGAGCAGAGGUUCGAGAAGGAGAGUGGGCUGCAGUAGGGAUGGUUAUUCCCAGAGCUAGCACUUGAUUAUGACAGAUGUUCUGGAUCUCACGUCGGAGGAACUUCAUUGGAUCCUAGCGCGACCUCCUUGCAGACAGAA